AUCAUCAUACCAAAUCUCUAUACGCAAUUACCGAAUGGUAGGAUAUUCUAGAACCAAACUUUGUUCUCCUCCGGUAUCGAAUAUGGUUAGGCAGUUUUUGAUAUCACAACCUGCUCUAACUUAGCCAAACCCACCAGACCCUUAGUCUCAAGCUAUUGAAUUUUCAUUUGGACCAACGUGAUCAUCAUAAUAUAAAAGAAAAGACUCCCCAAGAACCAAAACCAAAAUCACACACAAAGUUCCUUCAACACAAAAAUCAUCGAUUCAGAAAAAAGACAACUAAAAAUCAAUAAACAUGAACGAUCCAACUCUUCAUAAUAAUAGAUUCAUCAAUCCCGACCCGAAACUCAUUGAUGAUAUAUGCGAGGACUGCCAUUUCAUGUUGCGGACCCGGAAAGGUAUAUUUCGGCUCAUUACAAGUGGAUAUAUGCAUAGACGGCUUCGAUGGACCCACGAAGAUAUGUCAUUACCAGAAGGCGAUAAGCCGGUACCUCCUCCUACCACUUCUCCAAACCAGUCUGAUCAUACACUCCUUGGCUGGGGAUGCGUAAUUUGCGGACUGAUUCUCUCUUCUCCGAAAGCCAGCCAAAAAGGCUCCGAAAUCACACAUCCCUCUGUCUAUCACAAAUACAACCCGAGGGUUCCUGCUUUCCGUAGCAUCAGCUUUCGCCCCAUCAUUGCCAAUCAAGCUGACGAAGAGGUGGAAAAUCCAUUUAAGGAUCAAGCGCUUUCGAGGACUAGUCGACACCCAACAAUCCUAAAUAUGACGGAGGUGGUAGAAUAUUUUCAUGAGAAUCAUAUUCAUAUCAAGGGUGUCAUUGUCAUGAGGGGAGCUGAGGAAAUCGUCAGAGUGCCAUGGCAUCUUCCGAUGUGGUCUAUUUUUAUCCGUAGGGACUUACGCUUCAGAGUCAAGGGAGUUUUUCAAAAUGGUUAGCCAAGUGUCAAAUAAAAACUUCCUCGACCGCAUUGACGACUCAAAUACCUACUCGAUAAGCAAAGUAUUGAAUUUUCUGGAUUAUAUUACGGGAUCCGCGGACGAAGAAUUUUAUAUGGCUGGAGAUAGUUUUGAUUUAUUGAAAGGUGGUUCUCUGUAUCUAAAAUAGUUGUCAGAAUUUUGGAUGCAAUCUCCAUCGGAAAUAUGUAACUGAAGAUAGAAAUGCCAAU